GCCUAAAUCCACCACAACCCCUACAAUUGACCCUUCUCAUCUUCGGAAAGUCGAUAAGAACUCUCUUGCCGCCAUCUAGGACGAGUACUCCUGUCUAUAUUAAACAUAUUGAAUUAGUUAUUAUCUCUACAGUCGUCGAUAUAAACUUCCACCAAGCCCUAGUCUUCUCAAGAAGACGUCUAAACCUACUUCAUCAGCUCACAGACCACCUAUACUCACACAUGGCUUUUAUCAUGAAUCCAUGGGAAGAAAAUGCAUUCCAAUAUCACUACCAAGACACUAGUGGUGUAGGUUCAUCUUCUUUAGCAGUAAACCAACAGGACGAUGUCCACGAUUCUGUUAUCUACCCCGGAUUAUAUGCCCCGAGCGGCUUCGAUAUGAUGAGCAUAUUGGUUCGAGUGAUGUCGAGACCAAACCCAGCCAUCGAUCUUGGUCCUAUCGACGCAUCUUGUGCCCUUAUAAUGUGCGAUCUCCAAGAACAAGACUACCCCGUGGUCUACGCAUCAGAUCCAUUCAUGGAGCUUACUGGUUACUCGCAAUCCGAGAUUAUCGGCCGGAAUUGUCGAUUCUUACAAGCCCCCGGCGGUAAAGUUCGGCAACGGUCUACUAGAAAGUACGUGGACAAAGACCUCAUCAAAAAGAUGCGACGGGCAGUUGAAUCGAACAAUGAACUUGCAAUCGAAGUCACCAAUUUCAAGAAAGAUGGUCAGAGUUUUGUCAAUCUGUUGUCAAUGAUCCCAGUCUGCUGGGACAGCUCAACGCCGAGAUAUUCGGUUGGUUUUCUGGCUGAGAAAACUUGGUAAAAGAGCGUGGGAUUGUGGAGGCAGAGGAUUACGGUAUUACGGAAAACAAGGAUACAUCGAGGGGCGUUCGGCGAGCAUAUUUUCGAUUCUAGAUUAUGAUACCCCGUUGCCGAUAUUCGCUAUUAGGCAUCAUUUCGUCACCGGGAUACGGUUGCUUUUAGGCAUUGCAUCAACAUCUUAUACCCUAUUUUUUGCAUCUUGGUUUAGCGUCAUGUUGGAGAGAUGUGGUGAUAUACAGGGACAAAUCUAAAAUUUUACGUGCCCGGAUUUUACGCUUGCCUGGGUCGUUCGAGUCUAUUCGGACCUUCAGGGUUCAGAGUUACUCUUCAGGGGAUGGCGGUUACAGCAUGGCAAAGGCUAGGGGGUCUAUAUUGGCACACGUAUCUAAAACUUGUUUAACAAAUAUCGAACAUAUUGAUCAAUGUGCCCGUGAAAACUAGCAAGCAGUCGAUCUUGGGCAGGAACCCGUUGUUUAUGGCUAUGAUAU